AUGGAAGCUCAAGGUCAUGGAGAUAGGGUUUCUCAACGUGAGAUUGUUGGCCAACAGGUUAGAAAUGUAGAGGAAGAGGCAGAGUCUAGGGGUAGUACUAACCAUGAAUUAGAGUCUGAGGCUAGGGCUCAUGUAGAUAAUCAACCCGUACCUCCUCCGCCCCCAUUUGUACCUAUCCUACAGCUAGAUCCUGCUAUCUUAGCACAAACUAUCAUUGCUACUCUGCAAGCUCAAGAGACAAGAAGAAAACCUGGGGAUAUCAUAGAACAUGCUAAGAAGUGUGGAACAUUUGAUUUUCAUGGCUCCAUUGAUUCCAAAGAAGCAGAUAGAUGGCUCAGAGCUACAGAUAAGUCAUUUAACACUUUAGAGUUGACAGAUGAGCAGAAGGUCAGUAGUGUUUAUGGCUUGCUACAUGAUACAACAGAUGCAUGGUUUGCUAGGAUCAGAUUGCUAUUAGGAGAUCAGUUGACCUGGGAGAUAUUCAAGACUGAGUUUCGUAGGGAGUAUUUAACUGAAGCAUACAAUGCAGAAAGGCAGAAUGAGUUUAUUGCUUUAAAGCAAGGUUCAAUGACAGUGCGGGAAUACAUAGAUAGAUUUGAAGAACUUUAUAAGUUUGCUUCAGAAAUCUUUCCUACAGAAGCGAAAAAAUGUUACAGAUUCAAAGAGGGGCUACAAACUAUUUUGAAGAAUGAGCUAUCAUUGUAUGAGGGAACACAAUUCAGAGGCUGGGUAGAGAAGGCAAUAGAAAAAGAAAAGCUGAGAGAAGAGCAUGAACAAGAGAGUAAACAAAAAGCUUCUGUUUGGACUGGAAAACAAGGGGGAUUUAACAAGGGGACUAGCUCAUUUCAACAAAGAAAAUCAGAUACUGGACGUUCUAGAGAUAAUAGAGUACCCUGGUCUUGGUAUGGUUCACAGAGACCUCAGUCACAUGAUAGCAAUUUCUCAGCGAGACAACCAACAUCUAGUGUCGUUAGUGUGGCUAGCAAGAAGAGACCUACAACUUUCUUUGAGUGUGGUCGUGGUAGAGGUUUCCAAGGUACUGCUAAUAGAGGUGGUCGAAUGUCAGGCUUUGAUAGAGGUUCUGGCUUUAAUGCGAAUAAGGAAGGCGUAGCCUCAACUUCAACACAACCCAUACAAAGUGCUCAGAAUACUAGACCUGCUGUACAACCUAGAGUAUUUGCUUUGACUCAACAUGAGGCAGCGGCUUCUCCAGAUGUUAUUUCGGGUAGGUUAACUAUCUUUGGUAGGGAUGCUUAUGUUUUAAUUAACCCUGGUGCAACACAUUCUUUCAUUGUGUCAUCAUUCAUAUCAUGCAUACCUCGAGAUAAGAGUGUGAUGAAUCAUGCUUUAGCUGUAGAUUUUCCAGUGGGCCAGUCAGUAGUUUGUCAACAUGUUUAUAAAGAUUGUGAGAUACAUAUUGGGGAUCAUAAGUUUGAGGUAGAUUUAGUACCUUUGGCGCUUCGGAUGUUUGAUGUUAUACUUGGUAUGGAAGUUUUAUCCAAAUACAAACCAGUUGUUGACUAUUAUAGAAAGAGGGUGCUUUUUCAAUUACCAGUACAUGGUGAAGUUGUAUUCAAAGGUGAGAAGAGUUCAGAACACUAUGGAAUGGUAUCAUCUUUAACUGCUAGAAGAAUGUUGAAGAAGGGCUGUGAAGCAUACUUGGCAUAUGUUAUAGAUACAGAAAAAGAAGGGGUAAAACUUGAAAAAAUUCAUGUUGUGAAUGAAUUUGCUGAUGUAUUUCCUGACGAUCUACCAGGCUUACCACCAGAUACAGAGAUUGAAUUUAGAAUCGAUUUACAAUCAGGCACUAACCCUAUUUCUCAAGCUCCGUAUAGAAUGACUCCUGCUGAAUUGAAAGAACUAAAGGGAGCUCUGGUGUUAUUUGUGAAAAAUAAAGAUGGAACUAUGAGAUUGUGUAUUGAUUAUAGACAACUGAACAAAGUUACAAUUCGUAACAAGUAUCCAUUGCCUCGAAUAGAUGACUUAUUUGAUCAACUACAAGGAGCUAGAGUAUUCUCCAAGAUUGAUUUGAGAUCUGGUUAUCAUCAAUUGAAGAUUAAGAAUCCAGAUGUUCCUAAGACUGCAUUUAGGACUCGAUAUGGUCACUAUGAAUUCCUUGUUAUGCCAUUCGGGUUAACUAAUGCUCCUGCUGCUUUCAUGGAUUUGAUGAACAGAGUUUUCAAGCCUUAUCGAGAUAGCUUUGUGAUUGUAUUCAUCGAUGAUAUCUUAGUGUAUUCUAGAUCCGAGGAAGAGCAUGCAGAGCACUUGAGACUUGUUUUACAGACUUUAAGAGAAAAACAAUUGUACGCCAAGUUUAGUAAGUGUGAGUUCUGGUUAAGGAAAUUUAUGUUUCUUGGCCAUGUUAUCUCAGCAGAGGGAAUUUAUGUUGAUCCUAAAAAGGUGGAAGCUAUAAUUAACUGGAAUUCUCCGAGUAAUGUACACGAGGUACGCAGUUUUCUAGUUUUGACACUUCUAGUUACAGAUUUGGGGUAUGUUGUAUACAAUGAUGCUUCCAAUAAUGGGUUGGGCUGUGUAUUAAUGCAGCAGGGAAAGGUAAUUGCUUAUGCUUCAAGGCAAUUAAGACCACAUGAACUGAAUUAUCCUACACAUGAUGUAGAACUUGCAGCAGUGAUAUUUGCUUUGAAGAUAUGGAGACAUUACCUAUAUGGUAAGAAAUGUCUUGUCUACACUGAUCAUAAAAGUUUGAAGUAUAUACUUAGUCAAAAAGAAUUGAAUUUGAGACAAAGAAGAUGGAUAGAACUUCUGAAAGAUUAUGAUCUUACUAUAGAGUAUCACCCUGGAAAAGCUAAUGUAGUAGCUGAUGCCCUUAGCAGGAACUACUUGGAGGUUCAUCCUAUUUUGAUUGAAAGAAUUAGGGAUGCUCAGAAUGAAGAUGACAAAUUAGUGAAAAUAAAGGGUGAAGUUCAACAAGAUAAUAGAAUUGAUUUCAAUGUUUCUGAUGAUGGCACUUUACUUUACAGAGGUAGAUUAUGUGUUCCUGAUAUUGAUAUAUUAAAAAGAGAGGUAGCACACAAUUCAACUUAUGCUAUGCAUCCGGGGAGUACAAAAAUGUAUCGUACUUUGAAAGAAAACUACUGGUGGUCAGGAAUGAAGAAAGAAAGUGCAGAAUUUGUGUCUAGAUGUUUAACAUGCCAGCAAGUUAAAGCAGAGCGCCAUCAUCUAACGGGUUUGCUACAACCACUUUUUAUUCCUAAAUGGAAAUGGGAACAUGUCAAUAUGAAUUUUGUUGUUGGGUUACCUAGAACUCAACAAGGACAUGAUGCGAUAUGGAAUAUUGUUAAUAGACUAACAAAAUCAGCACAUUUUCUUUCUAUAAAGGUAAAUUAUCCUCUUGAUAAACUUGCUGAGAUUUACACUAGGGAGAUAGUUAGACUGCAUGGUGUUCCAUAUUCUAUUGUGUCUGAUAGGGAUCCGAGAUUUUACAUCAAGGUUUUGGCAGAGCUUACAACUACCUAUGGGCAAUCAGAACGGACUAUUCAAACCUUAGAAGAUAUGUUGCGUGCAUGCAUGAUUGAAUUUCAAGUACAGUUGAUCAGAGAUCGCCUCAAGGAGUCCCAAGAUAGACAAAAGAGCUAUGCUGAUUUGAAGAGGAAGCCGAUUGAGUACAGUGUGGUAAUUGAAAAGAUUGGUCCAGUGUCUUACAAAUUAGCCUUACCUCCAGAGUUAUUGCAGAUUCAUAAUGUCUUUCAUGUUUCAAUGCUACGGAGAUACAGGAGUGAUCCUAGUCACAUCUUACAGGUUCAGCCUAUAGAGUUAAAGGAUGAUUUAUCAUAUGAAGAAGAACCAUUUGCUAUUUUAGCAAAGGAAUAUAAAGAGUUAAGAAAUAAGGUUAUUCCUCUAGUAAAUGUAUUGUGGAAACAUCACGGAAAUGAGGAAGCAACCUGGGAACGAGAGGAGGAUAUGAAAAGUCGAUACCCUCAUCUAUUCUAG